CCGCUCACUCUUGUGUACAGUCGUACAGGGAAACUAACAAAUGUUUAGUUUGGGCUUCAAGGCCGCGAACAUUUAUUUUUACUAACUUAGCUAAUAUUCUUACUGAAAACAGAAUACUUCACAUAACAUGGAUAUGCCUCUCCCUUUGAACAUGGAUGACCCGCGUUUACAAUUGAAAGUGGAAAAUAGACUAAAAAAUAUUUUUGUAACGCAAUUAGAGGACGUCAGUCUUCUUCAUAAGAAAGAACACGAUGAGAAUGUCAGACACAUUCCUGUCAUAACAGAGUCUUCAAGUAGAGUAUUGGAUACAGGUGUCAACACACUUCAGAGGACUCUAGUGCUAAAGAAGCAGGUACAUUUGGAUGAAGUGAACAGGCAGUUAAUGCAGAAAGAGCAGGAGUUCAAAGGCCACAUGCAGGCCUUGGAACAAAAAUGGUCACAGCUUCAACACAAACAGCAAGAAACAAAAGAUAAAGCAGCAAAAUUUGAGAAGUUUGUGGAGGAAAAUGAGGUGAAGCGAUGCCGUGCCUUGAAGAAAUACCAGGUGCAGAGAAAGCAGAAUCAGCUGAUGGAGAAAGAUAUCUCAGAUCUCUCUGCACAACUAGAACAGCUUCAGAUCAGGCAUCAACGUCUAAAAGCAAGGGUAGAUAAACAUAAGAUUUACGAAGACUAUUUGAUGAAGAUUCUGGAUUUACUUCCAGAGAAAUAUCUAGAAUAUGGGGCUGAAUCCUUGGUGAUGCCCAUCAUCAGACGCCAUGAGACCCUGUCCAUCACUCAGCAAGACUUGUUGCAGCGCCUGGCCAGCGUGACCAAAGAACUGGAUGAAGGCCAACACAAACUGGACUCUCUCAAACAAGAGCACAACACAAGCAAACUGAUGACUAAUAAAGAGUUAUCAGAGCUGCAGACCCAAUGGGAUCAAAUUGUAGAGAAGAAUAAACAACUGGAGAUGACCCAACACAUUCACCAGGGCCGGUCCCGAGACAAGGCUGAGGAGACGGGGAGUCUUGUGAUAGCUGUGAAACAUCUCGGGCAGCAGUGCUACCUGCAACACUAUGGACCUUUGGAAGAUAUGGACAUGCUGGUUAUGAUGGAUAUGAUAAAGGAGUUCAUUGUGGAGAAGGUAGAUAUGGAGAGAAGGGCACUGCGGCUGACAGCCUCAGGCUCUGAGAUGAUGAAGGGCAGUGCCAAUAGGAGAAGAGAAGGAUCUGAGGUGGCCAGAAAUGCCUCCAGUAAAGUCCACCUGAAGAGCACCAGCAAGGCUAGUGGGAAAAGUGACUCGCUCAGCUCUUCCAAGACAAUGCAAUGAGACAUGGGAAUGCUAUUGUAAAAAUAAAGCUGGUGGAAAAUGAAACUGCCCAUUUUAACAGAAUAUUCCUAUAUUGAAUGCAAAGGUAAUUUAACUUCUAAACAAAUUGCUGUUACCUCCCCCCUUCUGUAGUGUUUUAUAUUUUAUAUUUUAUAUUUUAAUGUACAUUUAAAUUUGCGAUUGCAUUUAAUUUGGCCCAUCACCGGCCGGAGUGCGAUAUCGAAAGUAAUAUUUCUUUCAAAAUUAUUAAAGUUUAAAGGCACAUUCUGACUGAACAUCCAGAAAUACAAUAUUAUUCACUCGUAUUGU